UCUACAGGGAGAUGCUUUUUAUGCUGUUGAAGGAUUGAUUAUGGAUAUUGAGUUUUGCGAAGUUUCAAAACUCACAAGAACAGUAGUGCGCAAUUGUGCAAAAGAUCUUGCUGGAGUAAAGGAAGCUGCUAGAAAGAAGAACUGUUCAGCCAUUAAAAGUACUUGUUUAGGGAGAUUAGAAUACCACUGUGUUAUUAAUCCUUGGGGAAAUCUUACAGUGGAAGUGUGUGCUCCAGCCACUAACAUUUCAAAAGGAUAUUGCACUGAGUACAAUGAAGGUGGCGGGAAAAUACAAGAGCAUUAUAACAGAAGAUGUUCAGCAUGCAACAAAAAAUAUGUAUCAACAGAUGCAUACAAAUAUCCAGAAUGCUACCCAAGGCAGAAAGCUGACGUGCCUGAAUUAUUACUUUCAGGAAUACCAAGACCUCAAAUAUUGGAAAAAUCAAAAGAACGGUUUCCACACGUCAAUGGUGAUAAUGGAUUAAAAGCCUACGCCUGUGUAGAAAGAAAGUCGUUCCUCAUCCUAUUAUAUGCUGUGUUCCUUUUAGCUAGUUUUUGUUCUGCUUGA